AUGUGCACGAUCCGGUCGUGCACCCUGAGCCUCCCGUCCUGGGCCACCCGCCCCCCCGGCUCGAUCCGCUGGAUCAGCAGCCCCUUCUCCCUCGCGGACGGGGACGCGUCCGGGACGACGUGGAUCCCCAGGGGAUCCCCCCGGCUCGACCCCUCGUUCCGCAACACCACCGUCAGGGUCUCCUCCGCCUCGAUCCAGUCGGGGUCGCGCGGGGAAUCUCGCCUGCGUCGGCGACACGAGCCUCGUUCAUGCAUCGUCUCGGCCUCGUUUCGGUCUCAUUUCGUGGGGGGGUUGCGCGAGGUCGUCGGUGGUCGCUCACGGUCGCUCGGUGGGUCCAGGGCGCAAGAGGUGUUUCGGGAGGCGAUGAGCACUCCCGAGAUCGAGUUGAAGGUGAAGAGGAGAUUCGCCGACGCGUCGCCGGUCGGGGCUCUGGUCGACGGGCACGAACGCUGUGAGCAUUCAUUUGAGCAUUUCUCGAUUCCGGUUCCGUCUCCGUCGGUGAAGUCGAUUCGAGCGACGAUGAUGGUUUCAGCCGUCGGUGGUGGGGCCAAGAUCGCCACGGUGACGCCGACCAAGAAGAUCCCCCCGAGUUCCCUGCCGUCCCGCACGUCCAACGUGCUACUCAAUGCCAACACCCGGAAACUAGGGGAUGUCAUUCCUUAUUUAAUCGUCAUUUUGUCGACUGCAGGGAGGAUCCUUCACAUCGACCUGGUGAAGGGACCGCACGGGCUGGGCUUCAGCGUCACGACCCGAGACAACCCCGCCGGCGGGCUGGCCCCGAUAUACGUCAAGAACAUCCUCUCGAAGGUGAGGAUCGACGAAGCGUCGCGGUCCCCGCCCUCGCGGGAGGGGCGGCGAGAUGAAGGUGGGAGUCUCUUACGACAGGGUGGGGCGAUCGAGGACGGACGCUUGAAGACGGGGGAUCGGCUGCUGGAGGUGAACGGGAUCGAGAUGACGGGGAAGUCCCAGUCGGAGGCGGUGGAGGUCCUGAGGAGCAUCCCACCGGGGUCUCGGGUGGAUCUCACCGUGUCCAGGCAGGAGAAGGUGGAGUCGGACUACGACCUGUCGCCGAAGCUCCCGAGAGAGAUCCCGGCGGAGAAGGCGGAGGAGGACGUGGUGACGAUCCCGUGGAAGCACAAGGAGAUCCUCACGCUGGACAUCCCCGUGCACGACUCGGAGAGGGCGGGGCUGGGGGUGAGCGUGAAGGGGAAGACGACGGACGGGCCGACGGGGAUCGUGGACCUGGGGAUCUUCGUCAAGAGCGUGAUCCACGGCGGGGCGGCGUCCAAGGACGGGAGGCUGCGCUCCAACGACCAGCUGCUGCACGUGAACGGGGUGUCGCUGCUGGCGAAGUCCAACGGGGACGCGAUGGAGACGCUGAGGAAGGCGAUGCACCAGGAGGGGCCGACCCCGGGGGUCAUCACGCUCACCGUGGCCCGGCGGGUCCCGUCCACCAACUCCCUGACGAGGUCCGGGCGCGAUUCCGCUUCCAGUAGCGCGCUCUCGGGUUCGGCGGAGACCCUCGACGGGAGUCAGUUCACCGGAGGGGAGCAUUCGGGGACGAGCGAGAACUCGGAGCAGACGGCGAUCUUCCUGCCGGCGAAGCGGUCGCCGGGUCGCCGCGACGCCGGGGAGGACAAGGAGAACAGGCCGCUUCCGCCGAGGCGACGGCCGCCGGGGACGGCUUCGCAGCCGCCCAAGAUCUACGAGACGGGGUACGACUUCCUGCCUUCGCGGAACCCCGUGAUCGACCGGAUCACCGGGAGGAGCAGCCUCCGCAACGACAGCUAUUACAAGGCGACCCACGACACGUGGAACGCGAGCAGAUACCACGAGUUCUACAUGGAAGGGAGACCUCCGGGAGGAGAGGUCGGAUUCAGGAGCCCGACCAUCGUCUCGCCCUCGCAGGAGAUGGUGAUCAUCGAGGACGAGUACGUCGCGCCGCAGCCGCAUCCCCGCGCCCAGCCGCAUCGGCCCGGGGUUCGGGCGAGGGAGGAGGGCGUGCCGAAUGCGAGCGACGCGGAGAGGAUGGCCAGCGACGCGUCCGACGUCGCUUACACGUCUCAGACGUCCCUGGAGGACAACGCGCCGGGAUUUUCCCGGGAUCAGUUCGGCCGCCGGAGCAUGUCGGAGAAGCGGCACGCCGCCAUGGACGCCAAGAACACCGACACCUAUCAGCGUACCAAGAAGCUCAGGGAAGAACGCGAGCGCCAGAAGCAGGAACAGGACCGGUCGACGAGAAGCCCCGAAGACGGAGAGCGGCAGACCCGAGUCGAUCACGCGUCCUCGCCUCUAGUCAAUGACCAUGGUCCAAGAGGUGAGAACGUCUUCGAGAAUGUCGUGUGUGAGGAUUUAUUUGGCGUUCCUCUCUCCAUCCCGCUCGUUCCGUCGUCUCAGAUGAGCCAGGCCGAAGACGGAGAUCCGGCCCUGACCUAUCGGCCCAAUCCGGUCCGCGUGAUCAGAGGACGAGGAUGCAACGAGAGUUUUCGUGCGGCCGUGGAUCGAUCCUACGAUGCCCCCCUGUCUCCCGAGGCACAGGCUCACAUGGAAACUCUAGCAGAGGAGAUGGAAGAAUGCCAUGUGGGAGGAGGAGGAGGUGGAGGAGGAGGAGGUGGUGUAGGGAACGAAGCAUUCCCUCGGGGAGGAGCCUUCCAGUCGUCGUCGGCAUCCAUGCCGGAGAGGAGGUCCUCGCGAUGCUCCCGUCACAAUCACACCCGCUCCCACAGCCAACCCCACCACACACACACUCACCCCCGAACGAGUCGUCCUCACUCCCGCCCGCCCGACGUGCAGACGACGGGGAAGGAGAAGAAGAAGUCUAAUGGGUUCCUCAAGGGACUCGGUUCCAUGUUCAGGUUCGGGAAGCACAGGGAUGCAAAGGAAGGGAAGUCUGCAGGAACGUCCACGCGAGGCGGUCAGUCUGCCGAGGAACGCCAGAGGAAUCUCGCAGCAGAAGCCUACAGAGAGGAGCAGGCCAGGAUCCACGAGGAAUAUCAGAAGCUCGUUCACAGGCAGCAGCAGCAACAACACCAGCAGCAACAGGAUCAAAGGAGAUACCAAGAAGAGGCUCAGGCCAUGUCUGUACACUCGCAACAAAUGAUGGUGAGAGGUGGCGAUGGAGGAAGUGGGCGGUGGGAACGGAUGAACCAGCUCCGAGCGGAUCAUCAACGGAAGCACCAAGAGCGACACGGCUUCUAUCCGGGGGAUUCGAAUACUGCUCCUCUUCCACCUAAGCGACAAGAGGUGAGAGAUGGAAGAGGUGAUGUGGGCCAAGGCAGCCAGUUUUCUGCCUCUUAUUCCCAUUAUGUCAACUCCCAAGAAAUCGAGAGACACAUACGCAGCCUUCAAGGGGUGUAUCACUCCCAAAGGUGGGGAGGAGUACGAGAGCGAGAAAGGGGGCGAGAAAAGUCGGGUGAGCGGCCGCUGUCCAACUUCUACGAAUACGAGAGCGUGGCUGCUCUGACUCGGCCGGCAACAGCCCUGGGCGUCUCUCAUCCCCAUCCGAGAGACUCGCAAGGGUCACUACCCCGAAGAAUCCCAAAGGGAGGACAAAUCCCUCCAUCUCACCAAUACUCCCACCUUCCCAUGCCUCAUGAUGGAUAUAGAAGUGGAGCCCCACCUCCACCACCACAACGACAUCGUCCCUUCGUGGGACAAGGAAUGGGACGAAGCCUCCAUCCGGGAGAAGCGUUCGAUCCUCGACUGAGAACGAGCGCUCACAGCAGCCUCGAGGCUUACGGAGGACGACGACGUCCUCCUCCGAUGGAUUACUAUCGAUCUGGACCCCCCAUUCACAUGACCGUGCCCAUGGCACUUCCCGUCGCCGCAAGACACGGGACCGACACGUGAUUGCGGCUUUCUAUCAUCAGUUUCCCAGAAGUGCCAAAGAAACUUUCUUGAGUGUAUUGUGGAUGCUUCCUGCACAGUGAACGACUGUAAAACACUUGCAGAUGCUCAUCGUACAGUGAGGCAACGUUAAAGGAGGGCUUGCCACUUUCUCGACAAGUACAAAGCGUGUUUCUUCGGCCGGAUUCCUUUUCAUCGGCCUCGUUCUUCUCGUAUCAUGUGAUCUCUCAUAUCUUUUCCCAAAACUCUCCAUCCAUUCAGUCUUUCGCUCUUGUUAAUGGGGUGAUGUCUCAAAAUACAGCAAUAUAUUUUCUGUGAA